AUGAAAUCAUCCUUCCAAGUGCGUUAUCGAGGAUUAAACGUAUAUUUAAACGAAGAUCUUCUUAUGAUAACUGUAGAGAGAGCUUUCACUAUAGAGGCUCUAGUCGUAAACAUCGAUUAUUAUGAAAGUAACGUAAAAUACGAAUGGAAAUGUUUUAAUAAUGAAGAAAUUUGCAACUUUAUCGACAGCAGUAAUGAAAGCGUUUACAAUUUUUCAUCCGGCAUUCCUUAUAAAGACGAGUUCAGAGUUUCCCUUACAGUAACUAUAUUCAACGAGUCCGCCACAGCUAAUGCAACGAUAGUCACUUUCGAUGCAGAUCUCCGUGUCCCUGAGCUUCAGAUUCAACCCGUCAACCGAAUAAUAAAUGAAAAUGAAGAAACAACGUUAUCAGUCAAAGCGUACGACGUGGCGCCAUCUUGUAAUUUAUCCUGGUACUUUGUCACGGAAGAAUUAUUGAAGUUGAAUUCGGACAAGGAUAUGAUGGAGUAUGGAGAAAUAAUAUCAGACUCGAACCGAAAACUAUCUUUGAAUGAACAGUUUCUCGGUGAACUAAUAGAAUUUGACUACGAAACCAAAUCUAUUGAAGUAGAAGGUGUUAUAACAAAUGCUGGUAAAGCAAGCUUAAUAGCUGAUUGUGAAUGUAUUAAUGGUACAGAUUAUCGAACGAUAGCACUCGUGUAUGUUGAAGUUAAUUUUAAGUUGAAUCGUGGACCAAUAGUUCAUAAUUUGACGGUGAGUAAGAUACGAUAA